GCUGUUCUACUUCAGUCACGCUUUGAUACCUUCACCAACUUCCAGCAUAGAGCACUGCAUUUUCAGGCCCGUGUGAAUCAUCCACUGUGAUCUAAUGUGAUAUUCUGAAAUGGAGAUUGCAGUUGUGAGAUGUUAAAUCUUGCUUUGUCUGUCUGCUGGUGCCAGUCUCAACUGUUUAACAUGAGAGAUAAGCGUGGAAAGGAAAUAAAUGAGUCUGUGUCUGUUCUGGAUAUGUCCUGUGAAAGCUGCAGUAGGCAAUUAGGAACAUACACAAUGCAAAACCUUCUUCCUUCUGCCAUUAGUUUCUGUGGCUUGCCUGUUGUUAGAUUAGGCUAACAACAGGCUAGCCAUGGAAGCAUUGUCUAGCUUAUCUUUGCUAAAUUAGUUUCAUUUAGGUAACUUUGCUAGACUUCUACAUUACACAGAUGACUUGUUGUUGUGCUUGACAGGUAAGUACUGUUAGUACUUACCUGUCAAGAAGGACUAGGGCAACCACAUUGCUUUUCAGCCGACUGGGCAUGGCUGAUGGCCCUGUCAUGUUACGGUAGUGAAACAUAUAUCAUCAAAAACCAGCACAGCGAAAACAAAUAGACUACAAUUUAGUUCAGCUUUCUAUGUGUGUGUUAAAUCAAGCAAAACAAUAUUGGUGUGUGUUUACAUACAUGCAUUUGUGUGUGUGAAAGUCUUGUUGCACAGUCCUAGAAUUCAGUCCACUUGGUAAAAGAGUCUGUUUUGUUUUCCAAAACCCAAUAACAGUUCAGAUCACAUCCAGUUUGCAACCACAAAAAGAAACUAUUUUGGAGAGUCAGCCUUAGCUCUGCGAAGAAUUGCAAAUCCUGGAGGAACUCUUUCUCCAGUACCUGUCCACUGAAUUAUUCCUUAUUAUUUAUUAAUUCUUUCUAUUAAUUCCUUCCUAACACAGACUACAGAGAUGAGGCUUAUUUGUACCAUGUGUUCAGUACAGUGACGUGGACUGUGCUUGACACAACCGUAUCUCUCCUCCUUUCGCAUGCACACAUUGCAGGGUUUAUUCUGAAAGGCUAUAUUAUGUAGCCCCAGUCUAAAUCAAUUAUUUAAAUCAAAAUUAUAAUGAAAUAAUAUGGCCUGUGCAGCUUUAACAGAAGUGAUCUUGACUCUUUAUCUGUCCUUUGUUGCCUUUGCCUCUUCUGAAAGGCAAAGGCACCUCUUCUGUUCUGUCUUGCUAGCGAAGCCCAGGAAAUGAAAUAAACUGAAUGAAUGUGUAUCCAACAGGAGGCACCAGAGUGGAUAGCUCCAGGCAUGACCUUCCAGAUGAUGGAUGUUAUCCAUUGAAGAAGCUGCUGUCCAGUCCCACUCAUUAACUCCUUCCUUUGUUUUUUCAUUUUUUAGCUUUUCAUUGCCAUCGGAUCGUUGUGCCCCUUCUGCUCUAGGGCCCCUAACGAGCCCUCUACUUGGAGGGCUCCCAGGGAGCUCGAUCCUGAUUGGCCAGCAGGCUUCCUCCUUGCGGCUAGCUCAGCUGAAAGCCCAGCUAGCACUGACGCAGAUAAACAACGUUCUCGCCAUCGGCAACCGGGCUGCAACCUUUACAGCCAACUCCAACCCAUCUGCUCACUACAUAUCUACAGCACCUCCCUCCCCAACUGCUGCGGCCAUCAAUCUUCUCAACCUUCUGAAGAUUGCAAACAACAUGUCCCAUCCCCUGUAUAACCCUUAUGCCUCUGGGAACCAAAGUUCCACCCAAAGGCAGUAUGGACUCCCCAGUAUACCAUCAGAGAGGGACCCUCGGAGGGCAUCUUCUCACCUUGGACCUGGGUCCAGCUUCACUUCGUCUGGAGCUUCCUCUUCGAUUUCUGACAACUUUCAGGGAAUACUCCCAUCACUGAUGUCUCAGUCGACGAGCUACAAGUCUGAACAGAGUACGGCCCUAAUGGAUGAGGACAUAGAGGAGUCGAUCAGUAUGCAUAUUAGCAGAGCCAGAGAGGAGGCGAGGGUUCUUGGCAAACCGAUGCAUCAGCCUGUAGAUCAGGGCACUCGUUUUACCACCACUCAAAGGGAUGAGUUUAGCUCCUCAGGCACACGGAUGGCCUCUUACCCAAUGUCCUCAGCCUCUGCCCCUCACAGACAUAGACACUUGGACAUGGAAAGUAGCAGUAGUUCCUUGGAUUGGUCGUCGAAUUACAAAAGGACCACUACUGAUGACUCUAAAUUUUAUUCAUCAUCUGAUUCUUCUAACUAUGCAAGUGGUGGUGACGGUAGGUUUAAUGUCCCCAGUGAAAGAGACCAUGAAAUGCAGUCUAUUCCAGUAUUAGAUGAUUAUGACUCUACAAUGCCAGACAGACCUGCAUCCUCUACAGAGUCCAGUCGACCCAAGUACACCUCUGAAUCAGCUGCAAACAUCCUUCUGCACUUUGGACUUGAAAAAGAGGACUUGGAACAUCUCAUCUCCUUCCCUGAAGACCAGAUCACUCCUGCUAAUCUUCCAUUCAUCUUGCGCCAAAUCCGUAUUCAGAAAGCCAAGAGAACUACAGCUUCAGUUCAAUCAAAACCCUCUCCUGGACCCCAACCCACCAGAAACCGGGGUGGAAUGGACAGUCACAGUUUGAGUACUUCUGGAGAGGCAGAUAUGUGCCAGGAAGAAAUGUCGUCGGUUGUUCGCCCAAGUAAAGUGAUUGACUAUGGACAUACUGGCAAAUAUACUGGACGGGUUGGGGAUGAGAUUGAAAGGACCAGUGGCAGUAGAGCUGACAGUGGUGGGGGUGGAAGUAUGUUGCUGAUGGACACUUACGAUAGUAGCAGACACAGCCGACAACUGCUGCAAAAAAAUACAACAGAGGUAAAAAGCAGUGCCUUGGGUUCUUCACGUGAGCAGGCAAGUUCUGUUUCCAGUCUCAGCUCUUCGUACAGUUCAGUGCUGAACAGUGUGGCUCCCCCAAGCCAUGAUCAGACCAAGCGAUUGCAGACCCAACCAAACGAGUCUUUUCAAACCAUCUUCACCUCUUUCUCACUGCCAAAGAAAGACACAUUUCACAAGUCUGGAACCACCAAACCCGUACCUUUGAAAGAACCAGAGGCUGAUCGCCAGUCCACUCUGACAACCCAGCCAACCAGCACUGUUUUCCGCGGUGUGCAUCCCAGCCGACCCGGCCUUGUGGUUAUUGGCAGUAGUGAUGCCAGUGGCGAUAAGGAUCAGAGCAAAACUCGAGGUCAAGGGUCAACAGUUGCUGAGCAGGGGAAAAAGCAGCAGUCAAUGCAGCAACAGACGCAGCAGCACCAUAUGCAGCAACAGUCAAAGCUGCAACAGUCACAACAGCAACAGUUAAAGCAGCAACAGUUAAAGCAGCAACAGUCACAACAGCAACAGUUAAAGCAGCAACAGUCAAAACAGCAACAGUUAAAGCAGGAACAGUCAAAACAGCAACAGUCACAGCAGCAACAGUCACAGCAGCAACAGUCAAAACAGCAACAGUCAAAACAGCAACAGUUAAAGCAGCAACAGUCAAAACAGCAACAGACGCAGCAUGCGGUUUCACAGACCGGCCAACCGAUGUGGCCUCCAGUUUUUUCUGCAGCGAAAUCUGUUCCCCCUGCUCCUUUCAUGUCCAGCGUCGCUGAUGCCCCACAUGCCAUGGGACGACCGGUGUUCAACCGUGGUGGCCCUCGCCCCAUCGUUAUUCCUCCAGCUCUGCCUCGGCCAGUCCCGCCCCUGAUGAUCUUCAAUCCCAUGACGUUGCCAGCUUCCAACAGGCAGCCUCAAGCAACAGUGGCGGUCUCCAAGGAUCUGCCAACGGAUGCCAUGAUGCAUGACUAUGCAGCGGCCUCGCCGAGAAUCUUUCCACAUACCUGUUCUCUGUGUAACAAAGAAUGUACUCAUAUGAAGGAUUGGAUCUCCCACCAGAACACCAGCCUUCACCUUCAGAACUGCAAACUCCUGCGAACACGAUACCCACAGUGGGAUGGUGAGGUAGCACUCAAGCCCAGCGCUGCAGUUACAGAUGCCUCUUCCUCCACCUCCGCAAAGACUUCCCAACAUCGCCACCAGAGAACCAGGCAUGGAAGCCGCUCCAGCUCCCGCUCACCCAGCCCCCGUCGCCACCGUAGCCCGGAGGGUAGAAGAAAGAAACGCAGGAGCCGAUCGCGGUCACCACACAGCUCCAGAUACACUCGCAGGUCCAGGUCCAGGUCCAGGUCUCGUUCUCGCUCUCGCUCUCCACGGUAUGAGCGCCCGUCCUCCUCGCGCUAUCGGUCACGUUCGAGGAGCCCUGAGAGACGAUCGUCACCGAGGAGGAGAGACGAGAGGCGAGCAUCUCCGAGGAGGAGCCAUGAGAGGCGAUCCUCCACAGGAGGGUCAUCCCCUCAGCGAAAGAAGACGAGCAGUGCGGAGAAACUGGCUAAGAAACUCCUGGAAACAUCAGCUGUCCAGUCUCUGUCAAAAAAGUCUGACCUGGAGGCCGUGGUUAAAACUCUGGCUCCUGCCUUGCUGGCCGAGCUGGCCAAGAUGAAGUCCUCCUCCUCCUCGGCUCCUCACUCUGCAGAAGGAAGCAGAUCUUCGUCUCCUUCUGCAUCCUCAUCCUCCUCCUCUACAGGGUCGUCUACAAAGCUCUCCAAACCUGGUAAAACUUCACCUCCAACCAUGGUGCGACUGGAAGGGGUUUAUAAUUAUCUCUCUCACAGUGAUGUGACCGCCGCUGUGGAGAACGUAGGAAAAACCAAGUCUGUUGUUCUUUAUCGGUCCAAACUGCAGGCCGUCGUGCGCUUCGAGAAAGAGGAAGACGCUCAGAAACUGAAGAGCAUGAAGAGCUUCGACGUGAAAGGAGUAAGGAUCAGUGUCUUCAGAGAAAAGGAGACUGCUUCUAAGGAACCAGAGAAGCCUCCUGAGAAAAAACCUGCCACAUCCAGUGUCUCCACACCUCAGAGCUCUCAAUCCAAAACCACCACUAGCACUGAAAAGGUUCUUCCCCCUACAGCUAGCAGCCCUCCACCCAAAGAGCCUUCACCCUCUGAAGCUAAAAAAGCUACGACAGGCAAACUUACCAGUCAGAAAGUUGCAGCUAAAGGCUCAGUUAAAGGCCUAAUGACUGUGGCUAAAUCAAAAGUGUUGGUUUCCAAAGCCAAAAGCAUCUCAACCAAGCAGAUAGCUAAAGCAGUAAAAACAGAAAAGUUGCCUGUGAAGGGAGGUGUGAAAAAAGCCGCAGUAAAGAAAAAAUUGUCCUCAGGAUCCAAGUCCACAGCUCCAGAACAUCAGCCUGAAGCUGAUGACUCUGAACAAAAACCUGUACCUGGAAAAACCAGUGUGAAAGAGUCUGUGGAGGCGCAGAAAGAGACAGCCAAGGGUGAUGAAGAUGCAAAUGUGAAAUCUUUUGAACCUCAGCAUCAAGUAAAUGUUGCCUCAGGCAGUGAUGCUGGAGGUGCUGAACCAAUGGAGCUUGGGGAAACAGGAGCUGCAGAGGCUGUACCAGAAAGUUCAGCAGACAAACCCAGUGAGAGUCCACCACCAACCAGUCCAGAGGAGACCCGGCCAACAGAAGCCUCUGUCAGAGCUUCACCUCACGUCCAGCAAAGCACCCUGUCAGAACCAGAGUCCACUGCACAAGGACCAGAGACCAAGACAGAUGCUUCACAGGUGCAUCAGCCAGCUGCUGUGGAGGCAAAGCUGCCAGGUGGAGGUGUGGAGACAAGAACAGUGAAAGAAGAUGCUGUGGCUGCAGUGAAGACACAAACGGAUGCGCCAUCAGCCAAAGAUUCAUCUGUCACAACUAAACCAGCAGCUGCAGCAGCGCCCACGUCGUCUUAUGCUACAAUGGCCCCUCAGACUGUCGGGGAGGUGGUAGAGAAACGCCUGCGUCAAGACAAAAUAAUGUGCCUCAACAAGAAAACUAUCUUCUCAGCAAAAUUUUGUCAACGUGAUAAUAAACUGUUGCUCAUAACCGGACUGCCGAGGUAUUACGACGGCUGCUACACCGAGGACGAUGUUGCCGAACUGCUCACGCCGUUUGGGUUUGAACACACAGAUGACAGCAUCUAUGUUGUUCCUCAGACAUGCAUGGCCUUCUUCACGAUGCCGACGGUGGCGAAGGUACACGACGUAAUGAAAGUCACAGAAACGAACCCCAUUUUUUUAAAGGGGUCUAAACUCUGUUUCCAUGUGGUCGACGGCGACGUUGAAAUGACACCGUUUGGGUUUUAUAAAUCACUGAUGAAGCUGAUGAAGGCUCGUGUGUUGGAUGACGGAGGGAAAACGAUCUUCAUCAAGAACAUUCCACCAAGUGAGAUCAGCGACCUCAGGCAAGCUUUGAAAAAGAUCAGUUCUGUCAGGAACUACCUGCCUCUCCUCGACAAGGUAUUCAUAGAAUUUGUGGUCAUUCGUGCUGCCGAUUGGCUCGGAGUUUGGUACAGUCUCCUGAAACACGCACCUGGACAUGAAGUCAACAGGCUGAACAUACCAAGCAGGAGCGGCACGGCACGUCCUCUGAAACGUCCAGAAAGGGCUCUGCCGGACAGCAAGGAUGCUGUUGCCGGGGCAACUGUCCCGUCAACAGAGUUUGGCAUUCCACGGGGCACCACUUCACCUUUCUGGGUCACAUUAAGAAGGAGUCCGUUCCUGUUCCCUACCAUCUCUCCUUGGUACAACAUCCCAGAAUACCGAACAGCCAGAGGAAAGGGCGACAUUAAGAAGGCCGGUCGUCGUGGUUCCAUGUUUUCCACAAUCAUGUUGACCGGUUUGCCAGAGGGAAACUACGAGCAUGAGGACGUGGCCAGGCUGGUCUGGAAGUAUUUCCCCAAACAGAACCUCCACUCCCUGUUCUACAGCGUGGUGGUCUUACCGCUGCAGAGGAGGGCCUUUGUGCAUUUCGCCAACUGGACUUUGUGCUGCGAUUUUGUUCAAGAUCACUUCACAAAACCCGUUUCUGUCAAAGGCUCCAGGCUCAGUGUCCACUUCGUCCUGCAAGCCAUGAAUCCUGGAUCCAGUGAGGAGGUGAUGUACAGAAGUCUGAUGAAGUGGAGCAACGCUGGAGUUCCAGAGUCAGAGUCUCUGGAGGAGCGUUUGCUGUGUGUGGAGAUCUCCGAGGUGUCUUUGGACGUUGUCGGGGUCGUCAUGGAAGCAGUGGCCUCCAUCGCAACCUUUGUCAGCUUCCUGCCGCUCGCCAACAGGAUAUGUGUUGAGAUGGCUGACUCCAGCGGUGUGACGCAGGUGGUGGAGAAAUACAACACUUUCACUCCGGACUCUUUUGAAAAGCGUGAAACUUGGGCUAAAGUUAAGCGUUUUGAGACUUUGAAGAACCUAAAACAGCGUCUACAGGAUGCGAGUGAGACCACAAUCAGCUUCGAACCGAACACCAUCAGUGUUGAAGCUGUGGAAUGUCAACCCCAGCCUCCACCUUCUGAACUUUUGGAUAACGGAUCACCACCUGCCGCAGUAAAUCAAUCGGGUCCGGAUGAUUUUACAGAUGACACUUUGCCUUCAGACACGGAUCUGUUUGAUGAACAAAAUUUCAACAUGGAUGACUUUGUCACUGUUGAUGAAGUUGGUGAUGAUGUGGAAGACACAAGAUCCAGGCCUGAUCGCUCCUCCUCAUCCUCCUCCAGAGCGAGACGAGAGAGGCAAAGCUCAGGUGUGUCGUCUGGUAGCAAAGAGACUUCGAAGAGGUCUUCGAAAGAUUCCAAGAGCGCAGCAUCCUCCUCAUCCAAGUCGACUAAAGGUUCAAGCUCUUCUACCUCAAGCUCUGUAUCACUACCAAAGCCCGCUAACUCAUCUGAACCCACUAAAUUGCCUACCAAACCCUCGUCCUCUGCCAAGCCCUCCUCCUCUUCUUCUCCACCAUCUACUAAAGCCACUUCCCUCCCUGGUCAGAAAACACAAGAGAGCAAGACAAAAUCUCCAUCCAAAGCAUCACAUUCCACAUCCUCUGGUCGUAGUACCCUCUCAUCAUCCACUACACGUGAAAGAGAAAAGAUAACGUCAGCAGCGACUGUCGAGGCAUCAGUAGAGACUCAUCUGAAGCCACUUAAAGAAGAAGCAAAAGCCACAGAGGGCGCAGUGACACGGUCUGACCACAGAGUGCCAGCAGAGGGCAUUGCUGCAAAGACUGUUGAGCCUGAGAUAAAAGUAGAAACAUCAUCAGAGAUGCAUCCACCUCCACAAGGACAUGGAGUAGAGUUGAGCCAAGGCCAGAAUCUGGAGAUUGAUUGUAACGUCAACACACUCAAAGACCGGAAGAAAAGCAAAGAGGAAAUAAAAGAAGAGGAUGUUGACAAACACACAGAGGAGCAGGAGGAUGACGGUGAAAACUACCAAAUCCUCGACUCACUUGAUGAUCAAACAGAUGAACAGAUGGAGGAUGGGGACCAAGAGGGCAGCUCAGAAACCCAGCAAACUGGACCUGAAGAAGGUCAGACUCUGCAUGAGGAAAGCUAUGAGGACUUGGACAGUGCCGACAACAAAGGCCAUGCCUGCCCAGAGAAGUACAGUGAGAUGGAAAUGGAUGGUUCUUUCCAAGUGUUAGACAGUGUCACUGAAAACAAAGAUGCUUCAAGUCAAGAGGACAGUCGCAUGGUCCAAGAUGACGGUUCCACAGCAAAGCAGGGUUCUGACGAAGGUGCAGCUCCAGUAGAUGACAAAGCUAAUGAUAAAAUUGCAAUUAAAGAUGCAGUGGAUAAAGAUCAAGAGACAAAUGACAAAGAUCAUUUCCAAUUGUUAGAUACAGGUAGCAAACAAGCUCCAAGGGUCAAGGGAGAUGGGAAGAAGACAAAUCAAAAAGAAGAAGAGGUCGAAGGGAAAAUACUUGCAGUCGAAUCCUGCAAAGCCUCCAAAGAUGUGAAAGCUCCUGAUGUCCGAGUCCCUAAUGAAGACCAGCCUCAGAAAAGGACCAAGAAAGAGGAGGCGACUGACAGAAAAGAUGAUGUACCAACAAAGAGGAGUGGGCCCACAACCACAUCAUCCAAAAGUGAAGAGAAGGAGAAAUCACCAAAGAAACAAGACAGGACGGUUAAAAAAUAUGAGACACGGAAGAAGAUGGACACCUCUGCCUCCCAAAAAGACAAAGACAGCGAAGAGGCCACUGAGGAGACGGUGUACCAGAUAGUAGAUUCUGUUGGAGAUGAACCGGUUCAAGAUACUACCAGCACAGAAAGGUCUGGUAGAAGAAGGAGUGCAAGAGGAAAGAAAGAGGAUAAAAUCGAGGACGAGACUACAGAUGAUGAUCCAACAGUCCAAACAAAAUCUACCAGAGGAAAAAGGGAAAGAACAAGUAAGAAAGAUGCUUUGAUUGAGGAAACAGUAAAAGAGGACACGCCAACAAGAAGGAGGCAGACUCCUGUCAGAGAGGCACAGGGAGGAAACAGGGAAAAAACACCAACAAAGAAGAGUGGCGUUGUUGUAAGACAGGAAGAUGCUACCAAUGAAAUGUUUGACUCUGUGGAGGACGAGGUUGUUAAGGAUGAUCGACCCACUGCAGGACGAAAAAGGGGAAGACCAAAGAAAGAGGUUAAAACAACUAAAAAAGACAGCAGAAUGUUAAAGAAGGACGACAAAGAGGCAUCUGAAACGGUAGACGAUGAAGAAGAGGUGACAUAUCAGAUCCUUGACUCUGUGGAGGAUGAGACAGUUGAGGAUCAGCCCCCCACAGGACAGUCUGAGAGUUCAAGAAGAGAAGACAUUUCUAAAAACGAUGAGAAGCAAACCAAGAACAGCGCAUCUCUCUCAGGAUCAACCAAAAAUGAGGAGGAGGACGACGAGCCCAUGUAUCAGAUCGUAGAUUCUCUGGAAGACGAUCAAGACGAGCUGACGGCCACAGAGAUGUCCGAUGGAGGGGGGAAGGAAAAACAUCACGAAACUCCCACAAAAGAAGAGGCUGAGAAAGGAGGCACACCAACACCUGAUACCACAGAUGUGGAACCAUCCGAAACAGUGACCAUCAAGGAGGAGAGUCUGUAUCAGAGAGUCGAUGAUUUGGUGGAAGUACAUGAUGAUCCAUCUGCUGCAGAAGAGUCUGGUACCAGAAGUAAGGAGAGGACAUCCAAAACAGAUGUUCAGAAAGAGGACGAAUCAACAAGCAAGUCCCUAAGAGACGCUGUGACAACAGAAGAGGAAAAGAAAGAAAAAUCACCUGAGAAAAACGACACAACGAGCACUCUGGUGAACCUGGACCAAGUGAGCGAGGAGGAGAAGGAUUUCCCUGACGACGCGGCAGAGGAGGAAGAACUGAGGAAGAGGCAAACCGCCACAAACAAGAAGCAGUUUGCAGAAGAACAGGAAGCAAGGAGGACCGGAGAAGGAGAAGAGAGGGAGAGGAAGCAAAGGAGCCGGAGCAGCAGCAGAAGAGGAGGCGACAGUGGAGGAACGAGGAAGGAGAGCAGGAGGGAAAAGGAAGAGAUGGUGGAGGUCGACACCACGGAGCUGCUGACUCUGGAUGAGGUGGGUGCAGAUGAAGCCAGAGAGGAAGGAGCGCAGGAGAGCCAAGGGUGGGAUGGAGAGCUGGAGACGCUCGUCACUCUGGACGAGUUCGUAGAAAAAGAAGAGGACAGAAAGGCUCAGCAAGACGCACAGGAGACCCGCCCACUCAGCCAGAAGGACCAAUCAGUGGACUCCUUGAACCCAAAGACUUCAGACGAAGCAGCCGGUGAUGAGGAAGAGAAGCCGGACGAAGAGCAAGCUGAGAAAACAUCGAGAUCUGUCAAACGCAAACACGAUGAGGACACAGAGGAAAGUGUGAACUUUGUGACAGCAGAGGUGGGAGAGGAGGAGGAAAAGGAAGCGGUGACAACCAGGACAAGAGGCCGACCCAAGAAGAGAACCAGACAGACUCCUGUGAGGAAAUCUACCAGAGGGAAAAAAGUGAGCACAAACGACGAGACAGAAGAAGAAAAGGAACCAGCUGACGUACUGCCUCCCGCAUCACUCGACGCCUCGUCGUCACCGGACAAAGAUUCGUCCACGCCGUCAAGUGACGGCCACCUGGAGACGCAGAAGAAGGAGGCGGAGGUGGAAGCGGCGAGCCGAGCCGGCGUCGAUGCCGUCUCCGCUGGGCGGGAGCUGCGGCCGGAGACCCCUGACAACCAGACACUGGACGGAUGUGUGGAGGAAGGAGAGGAGGAGAAGGAAGGAUGGAGCAGGACGGACACUAAAGCUGUGAGUAAACAGAGGAGGGAGCUUGUCGAACCCGAAGCAAAGAGAUCUCGUUCUCAGUCUCCUUGUGUCGUCGCUGACUUCAAACUGCCCCCAUUCAAACCCAACACCCCCCUCGGUCAGGAGUUUGUCGUCCCCAGAUCAGGAUAUUUCUGCAACCUCUGCUCUGUUUUCUACCUGAACGAGAGCAACGCCAAGGAGCUCCACUGCAGCAGCCGGAGACACUACGAGAGCCUGCAGAAACAUUACCAGAAGCUUCAACAGAAACCAGCAACAAGUUCAACAACUUCCCACGACUUCGGCCAAUGAGUUUUUUAACUCAUCAGCCAUGUUGGUCAGGUGGUUAAGAACAUUAUUGAACUGCUGUCUGGCACCUUUUUUCAUGUAAAUAAUACUGGAUACAUAUUUUAGAUUCAGACCCUUUGGGCUUCAGACUCCCUCCAGCUCUACAGUGUUGGCGUCUCGCUCUGCACACAGUUACGUCGCAGUAGUUUAACUUUAAAAGGUGCAGCAUGACCUUGUUUACUCAUCAAUCAAUAAUAACCACAGUAUUUUUUAGAUGUUUCAUUUUGUGACCUCGUGCGAACGAGUAGAAUGUAAAUGUGUUUCCUGUUUUUAUUUUCAUUCCAGUGGAAAUGCUGGAAAUUUGUAAAAGAAAAAAGUCAAACUGCUUUUGGCUGAGCAAAAUGUGACCAAGUGUAAUUGAACAGAAUAGAUGAGUGAAACUGCAUCCACUGAAGAGAUGAAAACAUCGGAUCUGUGUGAACUGAUGCGAGAUGAAAGUCACAGUUCCUUGUCAUGUUAGUGUCUAUAUGUCAUUAUAUAUCAAUCACGGAACUAGUGUGUAAAAAAUUAAAAUGUCACAUUUCCAAUGAGUUUUUCAUGUUGUUCUUGCACAAAACAGGCAGAGGGCGCUGUUGCUUCAGGUCAAACUAAGGUUGAUGUUAAUGCAGUGAAAAAAUAUUACUUUCAUUCACUUUUUGUGGGACAGCAGAACAGGAAGCUGAUGGAAAAGUGCUAACCAGUUAGCAGCCUGAAAUGCUAAUCCAAGCCCCACCAAAACUCAGUCAACACAAGCAUGUUUUUCUGGUGGUUUCCAAAACAUUUUCUGUAUUUAUCUGGAGAAAUAUAUAUUUUAGGCAAUCAAUCUUUAUAUUUAAAAUAUAUGUACUUCUGUUGCCUUUAUAUUUAGGUCAUAUAUGAUUCUACAAACUCUGUAAUAUACUGAAACUGAAUUCCUUUACUUAGCUGUAAAUUACUGAAGCAGUACGGCCCAGUUUUUUGAUUUUUUCAUUGGCUAUAUGAAACGUCAGUCAUCUGCACAGUGGGCUGCAAUUGGCUCAAUCUUUACAAAAGAGGCAGGCCUGUCUUUUCAUCAUAGACUCUUGUUGGCUGUUGUCGGCUGUGGAAAGGACAUAGAAGCACCUAAUUGGUUAAGUGAGGUGUUAAUAGAAGGGUCAGCAUGUCUGCUGGCUAACUUGAAACUCUGAAACAUCUUUCUUGGAUUAUUAGAGCGUUAUGGACUAAAUGUUUAACUGGUUUGGAUCGUCCAGACUUUUGCGAUCGUUGAUCGAUCGAUUGUUCUGAAACGUGUUGCUGCAUCAAAUCCAGAAUAAGCAGAUAUUUUUUAUAAAAAAUCAAUGAAGCUGAUGAGGUCAAACCUUAAAUAUACUGUCUCUUUGCUGUUUCCAAUUGAGCAUACAUCAAAAACAAUUAGCGAAUAAUCACAUUGUAAUGUUUCAGAGCUUUUUUGGGAUCAGCGUUCUGCGUGUUUCUGCAGCUUUUUGCAGCAGAUGAAAACUUUCUGAAAGAGCAAAUCUGAUCGACACAGUUCUAAUGAUCUGAGUUAUUUAGGGAUAAAUUAAUAAGCCAAAGCUGAUCUAGUGAGGUCAAGUAUAUGCAGGCCGAUAUACUUUUUUUUGUUUGUUUGUUUUUUACACAGAAACUGGAGACAUUUAAAA